AUGUCUGUCAACGACCGAUCGGAAGCUGCUUUGAAUAAUAAAGUAAAGAAUGUAAUGAUCUCUCGUUCAAAAUGGCACGUUCCCGCUUCAAUUGUAUCUAAACGAACCGUCAACCCAAUUCGCGAAACGGUUUUUAAAAUGACGGCUAAACCAAAUCCUGAUAAAGAACUUAUUUCUUUGUCAUUAGGUGAUCCAACUAUUUUUGGAAAUUUUAAAAUUCAUGAGAAUUGCAUUGAUGCUGUAAUAAAGCAACUGCAAUCACAUAAAGCGAAUGGAUACCCGCCUGCAUUUGGUUGUGAAGAGGCGCGAAAAGCUCUGGCUAAAAAGUUUUCAACAGAAGAUGCGCCAUUAACUUCAAGGGAUAUCGUAAUAGGUAGUGGUGCUUCAGAUGCUUUGAACCUUGCGAUCGGUGCUUUGUGUAACGAAGGUCAGAAUAUCCUUCUACCUAGACCUGGAUUUUCAAUAUAUCAGACAAUUUCUCAAUCUAAAGGCAUUGAAUGCCGGUAUUACAAUCUAUUGCCUGAUCGUAACUGGGAAAUCGAUCUUGAUCAACUGGUUACAUUAAUCGAUGACAAAACUGCUUGCAUUAUAAUAAACAACCCUUCUAAUCCCUGUGGUUCAAACUUUAGUCGUCAUCACCUCGAAUCAAUAAUUCAAGUUUGCGAAACUUACAAACUUGUAAUAAUCUCUGAUGAAAUCUAUGAAGAUAUGGUUUUUGGUUCAGAAAAAUUCUACCCUAUUGCUUCAUUAACAAAAUCCGUUCCGAUCUUGAAAGUCAGUGGAUUGGCAAAGCGUUAUCUUGUGCCUGGGUGGAGAGUUGGUUGGGUUAUUAUUUAUGAUCAAAAUGGAAUUUUGGAUGAAAUUCGUAAUGCUUUAUUAUCCCUUUCAAAUAUUAUAUUAGGUGCAAAUAGUUUAGUCCAAUAUUCUAUCCCUGAUAUUAUUUUUAAUACUCCUGAUGAAUUUUAUCAAGAUACAAAUAAUCAAUUAGAACGUAAUGCUUCUAUUUCUGCUAAUAUUUUAUCAAAAAUUCGCGGAUUACAUGUAAUUGUACCACAAGGCGCAAUGUAUAUGAUGGUUGGAAUUAAUGUUGAAGAGUUUAAAGAUAUUAAGGAUGAUUUGGAAUUUACUGAGAAAUUACUUGAAGAAGAAUCUGUUAUGUGUUUACCUGGCAGGUGUUUUCAUUAUCCUAAUUACAUACGAAUAGUCAUUGCACCACAUCCAGAAAAAUUAGAAGAGGCUUAUGAUAGAAUUAGAGAAUUUUGUAUUAGGCAUUAUAUUUAA